AUGAAUUUGAAAUAUUGGCAUUCACUUCUGUUGGGAAUGGACCAAAUAGCUAUUUUUGAGAAAACAAAGGAGGCUGCUCCUUCAGGACCUCCCUCUCAGUUCAAUGUCACUGUAAACUCUUCAACCAGUAUUACAGCCUCAUGGCAUUUACCACCAGAGGACUCCAGACAUGGAAUCAUCAGAGGAUAUAAACUGUUCUAUAAAAAGAAAGACUUAGGUUUAGCAACCUCCUUGACUACUGACAAUGGAAAUACAUCAAAAAGAGUCACCAACCUUGACAAAUACACUGAAUAUGAAUUUCAAGUGUUGGCCUUCACCUCUGUUGGUAAUGGACCGAACACCUCUUCUGUUUUCACAACAACAAUGGAAGAUGCUCCCAGUGCACCUACGUCUUUGUCUUUUGUUGAUGUACCACCUAGCAAUUUACAUGUCACCACGGAGGUGCCUCUAAAGACGAUUCUGGAUUAG